UUGCGUUCUGAGCAUAUGAUAAAUUGCUUACAGUAUCUCUGUACUUCUAGAUUCACGAUAUCUAGAUUACCUAGUAACCUACUUUCUUGAAUGUCUUUGGUACUGUCCAGACGCCCUUUGCUAAAACCCAAGUCUCUGCGUCGGCAUCUGAGAAUGGGGAUAGCAAAAUAUAUGCCGUUGCUAAUUGCGGCUACUGCAUUAACCCUCCAGGGGUCAUAUGCUUACCGGGUACUCUUCGUCGGGUUACUUGGUACUAAAAGCCAUACGAACUUCUACAUGGGUAUCGUCAAGGAACUUGCAGACAGCGGACAUCACGUAACUCUCGUCACCGCCUACUCUUCCAAAGAAUCCAGAACGAACGAGAACAUCCGUGAAAUCUGGAUUCCAGAGGUCGACUACAGUCACAACAGCCCGAACCGGUUCAACAUAUCCUUCUCGACAUUUCUAAAUCAGUUAACAGAGAUGGCGCCGCUGUGCACAAAGUCCCUGAGGAAUGACGAGGUCCAGGGAUUAGCAGGCGAGGAGUUCGACGUCAUUCUGCUGUCUCCCUUCAACGACUGUUACCUCUCCAUCGUCUAUCAGCAACAGGCUCCCUUCAUCUAUGUGAAUCCACUGGGCAUAUCUCCGACCCUGGGUGGCAUCGUUGGAAACCCAGACUUCCCUUCAUUCUCGACCUUGCAACUUUACGACCACUCCCACCCCUUGACCUUCGUGCAAAGGGCAAAGAAUGAACUGGCAACGAUCGCGACUACGCUCAUCACGAAAUAUCUGUUUCUGGACACAAUGGAGAAGGACUUUCGCAACAGUGGACUCUGUCCUGAAGGUCUGCCUCCGUUCGAAGAAGUUCGUCGGAACGUCUCGCUGGUCUUUCUGAACAGCGUGCGAGAACUGGAGACUCCAACGCGCCCUUACGUUCCCGCCGUCAUUCAUCUGGGAGGCAUCCACUGUCGGCCUGCUGAGCAACUCCCAAAGGAUCUCGGCAAGUGGGCGGAAGAGUCUGGUGAAGACGGCUUCAUUUUCUUCAGCCUUGGAACAGCCGUCAAGUCAGUGGACCUCCCAGAGAGUCACAGGCAGAUGUUGGUCGGAGCUUUCGGUUCCCUGAAACAACGAAUACUCUGGAAAUGGGACGACGAAUCUAUACCUGGAAUGCCCCCAAAUGUGCGGGUGGCAAAAUGGCUUCCCCAGCAGGAUAUUCUUGGUCACCCCAAACUCCGCCUCUUCAUAACUCACGGAGGUCUCCUGAGCACCCUUGAAUCAGUCUACCACGGGAGACCCGUCCUGGGUUUACCCGUCUUUGGGGACCAGAUGGCCAACAUGAAAGACGUGGAGCGUCAGGGGUGGGGAAAGACGCUCCUGUGGGAUGACCUCACAGAGGGAAGACUCCUCAAGGAAAUCAUCUCGGUCAUGAACAACAGAACAAUGCAUGAAAUAGUACAGUCGAGACACCGUCUGAUGAGAGAUCAGCCAUUGACUCCGAGGGAAACGGCCUUGUUCUGGACAGAGUACAUCGUCCGCCACAAUGGAGCCGUGCACCUCCGAAGCCCAAUUGCUGAGAUGCCCUGGUACAAAGUCUACAACACAGAUGUGUGGCUGGUGUUCGUGAUGACUUCUGUGGCGUUCACGUGGCUAUUUAGCAGAAUAGGUCUCACAGUCACGAGAUUCCUUAUCAGGAAAGUGAAAGCUAAACAAGACUGAGUUGAGGAUGAAAGAAGAGGAUUUUAUGAACACCAUAAAGAUAGCGUUACCAUGCAGUUAUUAAGUCAAAGGAUUAAGCUGGUAACGACUCAUCUUGCUUUCCACAAGAACCAACUCUCUCACUGGAAGUAUACAUAUAUAUAUAUAUAUAUAUAUAUAUAUAUAUAUAUAUAUAUAUAUAUAUAUAUAUAUAUGUGUGUGUGUGUGUGUGUGUGUGUGUGUGUGUGUGUGUGUGUGUGUGUGUGUGUGUGUACAAAGCCUUAUUUAACUUGAAACAUUUUCGUCUUUAUUCAGAGCACAUUUGUUCUCAGUUCUCUUCUACGUAAUGCCUUUCAUGUUUCUUAAUUCAUUUGUCUUAUUUGAUUAAAUUUCGUGGGGA